CUCAUUAGCGAUUUGUGUCACUGUAUAAAACAUUUCUGUAUUUUCAACGCAUGUGUCGCCAUAAACUAUGUUUUAUUGUUUCUUCAGAAUGGACUGGCUGACUUUCCAGUUUUAUAUUGUAAUUUGGGUACUAUGCACAUCCGUGAUUAAAGCACAAUUAUCGAACCCUAAAAUGUCUCAUUGCGUGCCAGGCCAGCCUGUUCCCUCACCAGAUAAAUGCAACUCUUGCAUUUGUUAUGAAGGAGAAAUAUUUUGCACUAAUUUGCCGUGUCCGGCACCAGCAUGUACAAAUGGUGAAACUCUACCGAAUCCAGAUGCAUGCAACAAAUGUAUGUGUGACAACAAUAAAGUGGCUUGUUCAGACUUGAUCUGUAUACCAGCGCCACAGUGUAUAGAAAAGAAAUCGUAUCCCCCACAAAACAAGUGCAAUGUUUGCAUGUGUUUAAAGGGGCAUAUCAUGUGUACCACAAAUAUCUGUACCAUUGAAAAGAACGUGGUGCAAGAAACGUUCGCAACAAACGAAACUAUUGUGGAUGACAGUGGGAAGGAAGCAUUAGCUGUCCCCCUUCGAGUCUCGGCCAGCGUUAAACAUGUCACGACCGGAGAUAGAACAGGUUCAGAAUGUGAUGUUAACCAGCCAGUUUACAGACCAGAUGAUUGCAAUGAAUGUUACUGCUUCGAGGGUCGACUGGUAUGCUCCGAUAUAAUAUGCAUGCGAGGGUCUAAAUGUGUGGAAGGCCAAGAGAUACCUAAACCAGACAGAUGUAAUUCCUGCAGAUGUAUUGAAGGACACAUUUUAUGUACGAACCGUGAAUGUCCAGAUACAAUUUCAAAGAAUUCAUUUGGAACAGAAAGUAGAGCAAGACGUUUGAAACCAAAUGAGCAAUGUGAGAAUGGCGAAGCCAUACUACCGCCGCCGCCACCCAAUGACUGUAACACUUGCACGUGUUUAAAUAAUCGUGUUAUAUGCAGUCAUAGAGAGUGUCACGAUGUUGACUUCAUCCCAGAAAUCAAAACAAGAUUCAUAACAGCGGAAGAAGAAAAGAAGGAACGUAAUCAACUUAAAGAGUUUGAUAAACAGUUAUCAGUAGAACCUAUUGUUGAUAUUUUACUUAAGAGCCACGAAAAAAGGCCAUCGAAACUGGUACGCACACACGCAUAUAAUGGCUUUCAACAAGAAAUAAAAGUCCACUCUGGAAAAAUAUCCAAAGAUACUUCCAAAUUACUUAAAGCUUUAGCCACCAGCCUGCACAACCCAGCCUUAGCUGAUAUUGGAGACAAAUUGUUAUACCAAAAGGCUCAUCAUUUAACAUCAACUAACGGUGAUAAAAUUAAUUUAAGUACAAAGAAUUCAUUUGAUGUACAAGAGAUUCCAGUUACGCAAACCAGUAAAAUAAUAACAUCAGGUUCACAGGGUAAUGAAACAAUAUUAGUAAUACCUGAACUUUUGCCAAAGCAGAACCACGUGACUGUUACGCCUAUAAUGACUCACCGUGAAACAAAUUGGAACCCAGUCACAUCUCCACCACCUAUUAUUAAUAAAAAUCUAUUUGAAAUGUAUUCUCAUGAAGGUAAAGAGAGCAAUUUGCUAGAAAACCAAGAUAGUUCAAAAAUCAUAAGUAAUAAGAAACAUGGUAUCGUUAAUGAUUUAAAUAAAUUCGAUUAUUUGGGUCAAGAGCAUGGCAUGACUCUACCUCGAAUCAUGGUAACGACACCAAUGGGGAAUUCGUAUUCGGAAAAUCUAGCAUUACAAUUAACUCCGCACCCGAUAAAUGUCAACAAUGGCAGACCAUACUCAAAUUAUAAUGAUCAAUAUGAAGCGCUACAAUAUGAGACACGCGGUAAAUAUGCUGACUCGUUUGUCACGCCUACUUCUAACUACAGUUUGAUAACCUCAGCGUAUGAACCUAGUCGAGAAUAUGAAACCUAUCAGAUUGCACCACAAAAUCCAUACACAACAAGCAUACCGAUCCAAUUAAAUGAAAACUCGAUAAAUGGCAAUGGCAAUGACUAUGGCAAUGACAAUGGGAAUGGGAAUAGCAAUGGAAAUGGCAAUGGCAAUGUCAAUUCUUCGAUGAGGAAAAGACGAAGGAAAUUAUUCAAUACUACAAUACCUACAAAAAACUGCCUAAAGAAUGUUCAGAUUCGAGUUUCUUAUACCAAACAUGUAAACCGGGAACUAGUUGGAUCAGUGAUUGUCAUGACUGCAAAUGUAAUGACAAAGGCAAACACGAAUGUACCAAGACGAAAGAGUGCGAAAUGCGUAAUGUUCAUUCUUAUGGUAAGAUGCGUUUUGUUUUGUUAA